GCCAGGUUGUCAGGGAGUGCGUGGUCGCGCUUCAAACCCAACAACUACGGCGGAGCGAUACAACGUCUGAGACGCAGGGCAGCAGCAGGCGCGAGCAGAGCAGUAGUGGCUAUCUACGGAGAUUGAUCGGCAAUCAAACAAUUCAUUUUCCAGACUCGCUACCCAAGGAGACAGAGUAAUUACGCAAUGGCAGACCAGUUGACAGAAGAGCAGAUUGCUGAGUUCAAGGAGGCGUUCUCCCUGUUCGAUAAGGACGGCGACGGCACCAUCACCACCAAGGAGCUCGGCACCGUCAUGCGCUCACUGGGCCAGAACCCCACCGAGGCCGAGCUGCAGGACAUGAUCAACGAGGUGGACGCCGACGGCAACGGCACCAUUGACUUCCCAGAGUUCCUCACCAUGAUGGCGAGGAAGAUGAAGGACACAGACAGUGAGGAGGAGAUCAGGGAAGCCUUCCGCGUGUUCGACAAGGAUGGCAAUGGCUACAUCAGCGCCGCUGAGCUUCGUCAUGUCAUGACCAACCUGGGGGAGAAGCUGACGGACGAGGAGGUGGAUGAGAUGAUCCGGGAGGCUGACAUCGACGGAGACGGACAGGUCAACUACGAAGAGUUUGUCCAGAUGAUGACGGCAAAGUAGAGCGGGGAGCAGAGGAGCGACCCAGACCAAACAGUGGACCCACACCUCCGCUGUUCAUCCCUCCAUCCCUCUCCACCUCCAGCGUCCUCCAGCCUUUUCUCCCUCUCUCUCCCUCUCUCUCUCCCUCUCUCUCUCCCUCUCUCUCCCUCUCUCUCUCCCUCUCUCUCUCCUGCUCACACCUUCACCUGGGAGCGCCACGCCGCUCUGUUUACCUGCUUAGCAUUUGGUUGUUCUCAUGUCGUUUACCUCCAGACCCCUCCAACUCCCCCUCUCUCAUCCCAAACCCCCCCUCUCUUAUCCCAAACCCCCCCUCUCUUAUCCCAAACCCCCCUCUCUUGCCCCAGACCCUGCUUCUGUUGCCCCAGUGCCAGUGGUCUCUCUCAGGCAGCUUCUGCCCCAGAUGGGGCCUGGUGCCCGUGUGGGUCUCUGGGUUCUGUCCCGGAGUUGGCCUGCUGUGUUCUGGGUCGCCUCAGCACACACUUCAAUUCAUUUUUAGCCCGAUUACUUUCAAUAAUUAUUAUUAUUAUUGUUGUUUUUUAAAUCAGUUUGAAACAUUUCCCAGCAAGACCAAUAUUCCAUGUGCAAUGCUGAUGAAAGCUGAGAUAUUUCUAUAUAGAUCUAUACACGUAUAUAUAGUGGAGGUGUUAAGCUAUACGAUAUUUUUCAACUGUGACCUAUGUGGACAAGAGCACUGCAUGCUUUUCUUCUGUUCUCUGUGUUUUUCUUUCGGCAUGUUUCUGUGCUUCUCUGCCUGCCUGUCAUUUUUCUCCCUCUCCUUCUUCUCGCUCUCUCUAUAUCUUUUUCUCUCUUUCUCUCCCUCCCACCCCCUCGUCUGUUUUCCCAUGGUUUGUUGCCGUGCAGCUCGACCCAAACGGUUCAGACUCUGAUAGAAAGGAGAGGUGAAUUUUACAGUAGUUUGCCAACACUUGACUGCUCUCUCUCUCUCUCUCUCUCCUAGUCGCAUGCUUAGUCUUUAGUACCUUGAUGUCCCUGCCCAGCUUGGCCUACCCCCCCCCCCCCCCCCACUCUGGCCAGCCUGCCAUGCCCCCCCACUCUGCCUCUGGUGGUGUGGUCUUGAGUGUGUGAGUGUGUGUGUGUGUGUGGUGCAACACAGGUCAGAUGUGGCUCUCUGCUGGUAGCAGCUCCUGUGACCGACACCGACUCCCUCUCCCUCCCUCCCUCCGUCCUUCCCUCGUGCAGUUUAGCGGCGGGCCCUCCCGCCCCCUGACUGGCUGACAGAUCGGUGGCUUGUGGUAGCUCCAUCCCUGACCCCUGCCUGGCAUCCCCUGCCACGUCACGCCACAGUGGUGUGUGUGAGGCUCGGAGGAGGGGUGGGGGUGGCACAGGUGGCACAGGCACCAGGUCAGCCUGUGUUGGCACACUCCAGGACCGGUGCCCUCUCUGGUGUCGACCCGCUCCAGAGUCGCCCGCGGUCGCUCCUCUCGAGGAGUAGCACCUCAGAGAUGUGACGUCUGGAGACCAGCCGCCGCCACGCUGCUAUCAGGCCACUAGGGGGCGUGUGGGAGCAGUCCUCAAUAUGCCCUUUCCCUACAGUCCUAGACAAUCCAACUGAACCAGUGACCAUUAUACAAAUGAAAGAAAAGUGAAAAAUUGAUCUCCAUACUUUGUGUGGAGAAAUGAUAUUACCAAACAGCACUCCUAGAACCACACUGCUUAAAAUUGUGUUUUGAACCACUAGUUCAAGUUUAAGGAGCAAACAAACCAGCAACAACAACAAAAAACAAUGUGUGCGGUCUUAUAAAAUAAAUUUGGUGUUUACUACUGUUUGGUGGGGAGAGUAAAGUCUUAAGCGUUUACAGUUAAAUUACUCUGAAGGGAUGGCAUCUGCAUCUCUGAGAGCCUCACUCACCUGGGCUGAUGUCUAUGUGACCCCCCCCCCCCCCCCCCCCCCCCCCUCCCCCUCUCUCUCUCUGCUCCCCUAGUGCUGUGACUGAAGUCUGAACCAGAUUUUUUUUUUUUUCUGUUGUGAAUGUUGUAUGAAUGUUUUUACUUCUUUGUGUCGGUCAUGGUGUUCGUCUCAGAUUUUAUACAGAAGCUGUUUAACCAGUUUGCCGUCUUGUCUUGGAGAGGGUGUGCAUUCCAUUGCAGAAGUCAUGUUGGUUUCUUGCUAAAUAAAACUCUUGGACCAGUGUUUCUA